CGCCGUGCACUCCGACACCGUCUCUAAGGUGCCCCCCACCGCAUUGAGGAGGUGUGGUCGUGUCGUGUGUUGUGGCCUUUUGGAUAUUCCCCUCCCCCAUUCAUUACCUCCUUACCCCUGGCCGUUUUCUUGUGUGUGUAUUGAAUUGUGGAGCCCGACAAUGGCGGCAGCAGUCGGUUCGGCCUCGCUCCGUGCCACCGCCUCUCGUUUUGCUUUGCUCCGGGUAGAAGGCGACUCAUCCGGUACAGAUUCAGACUCCGGGAGAAAUCACAGCGCCGGUAACCGGCUUGGGAAAAGUUCCCGAGCCGGAGCUGCAAAGAAAAAUAACGGCACCCAGCCUGGGGCCAGCAACAGCGAGAAAAAGAGACAGAAAAGGAAGAAGAAGAAAGAACAGCAGCAAAGCGAAGCGAAUGAGCUAAGAAGUCUAGCCUUUGGAAAAAAUGUUUCAAAGUCUUGUUCUGUUGCUACUGCUGGUGCAAAUACUGGAUCGUGUCAGUCAGAGCAAUUUCUGAACAGUCAGAAUCUACCAGUGGCAGAGGGUGAGAAGUGGGAGCAGUGGAGAGAAAAGGAUGAACAGCUAACUAGUGAAUUGUAUGAAGCAGAUCUCCAAGAAGCUUUACUAAUCAGCAAACUGGAAUAUGAGGAACAUAAGAGAUGUUGUGGUGAUAUUGCUUCUCUCAAAACAAAAGGACCAAGUAGAAAAGAAAAAAGAAAACAUCUCCAGGGAAAGGAUAAACCAACCACAGUUUCAUUAAAAGAUUUUCAAACAGAUGGAAGUACAGAUCAGACAAACAAAAAAUUCGAGGAGCCAAAAUCUUUACAUUCAACAACAGAAGAGGAUAGUUUCUUUAAUAAACUAGAAGAAGAUGCAAACAAAAUUUUGUUGAUGGAGAAAAGAAAACAAUGUGCAAAUACAAAUGGACUGGAUUUCGCUACACAAGAAAGUCAAGAAGCUAUUUCCAAUAGUGCAAGAACUGAACAAUUAAAGGAUCAACUGGAAAAGAAAGAUAUGAAAAUUCUUCAAUUGAAACAAACUGUUACGCAGUGGGAAGCAAAAUAUAAAGAAGUAAAGGUCCGAAAUGCUCAACUUUUGAAGAUGCUACAAGAAGGUGAAAUGAAAGAUAAAGCAGACAUACUUUUACAAGUUGAUGAACUCUUAACUAUCAAGAACGAACUAACCUCACAGGUUACCAGCCUGCAUGCAGCUCUGGAACAAGAAAAAUCAAAGGUCAAGCUGUUACAAGCAGAGUUAACAAAAUUUCAGGGAGGCAAGAAAGGGAAGAAAAUAUCUGAAUCCGAUCACUGAAGAUUGCAACUUUUGCGUACUGUGAAGCCCAAGGCAAAAAAGAACUCCACAAAAUAAAGCCUUCCUUCAGGGUGCCAUCAUGGAUAUUUCUAGUUCUUGCAAAGCCAUUGGAUUUUGCCAUUAAUUUGUUUGCACUUGUUUAAACUUUUGUGAAAACUUCUCUCUCCUCGGACCAAGAGAAGAAACGUCUUAUUUUGUUGCACUUCUGAUGGAGCUGUCAUGGUACUGAAAGCUGAAUGAUGUUUUGGUGGUUAACUUCUGCUUUAGUACUACAGAGGUUUGAAGUGAUGUCUAAAAAAAUUUUUUUUUUUUGUUUCUCAGAAGUUAUUUUUGAUUGAUUAAUGACUGCUUUAGACACGAUUUAUGCCCUAUUAAUGAGUGAGAACACUGUUUACACCAUCUUAUAUAGACUGUAUUUGACAAGGUACAUUGAAACUAAAAAUGUGCAAGAUGGUGUGAGGUUAUAAUGUAUGGUACAAUACUUUCAUUUAACUUCACAAGAACCAAGUUAGUCAUGGAUGAGAGAGAAGAGGGAAAUAAAUAAAUAAAUUUUAGCAACAGUAGUUUGUGGGGUUUCAGUGAAGUUUCCAUUCAUACCACCUCACUGUAGGAGGCAUGGAAAGCUGUGCUCAUCCAAUUAAGGGCAAGGUUGAGCAAUAUUUUCAGAAUAAUGUAAGAAGGAUUCUGUCUCUUGUGGUCCUGACUAUAUUUGACCUACAUAUUAAGUUGGAAAAUAUUCAAUUUCCCAACAAUCCUUACCUUACUUAUGAGCAUGUACAAAAUAAAAGGGCAUCUGUAAGUAACCCAGCCUUUUGUUUCUGAAAUACAAAGUAGUUCAUAUUUUGUUGAUCAGUACUGAAGCAUGUUGAAAUGCCAAACUUUUAAUACUUACCAAUAAAUUACAAUGAAGUUUAAUUUA